AUGGGCAUCUGGUCCAAUCUGCUCGCCAGCCUGGGGCUGAUCAAGCGGCGGGUGUCCAUCAUCCUUGUCGGCCUCGAUAACUCUGGCAAGACCACCCUGCUCGAGCACAAUUUCAAAGAGUACGACAUCCACUCGACAAGCAAUCGGUCCAUCCAGAACCCUGGUGAUGCUCCGAAGCUCGCCUCAAUCGACAUCGUUCCCACCAUCGGCUUCAAAGCAGACCAAUUCCAGAUCUCGAGAUCCAAGCUCCAGAUCACCUGCUUCGAUAUGAGCGGGCAGGGCAAGUAUCGGGACCUCUGGGAGCACUUUUACACCAACGAGCUGGAUGCCAUCAUCUUUGUGAUCGACGCCUCAGAUCAUCAGCGGAUAUGCGUCGUGAGAGACGAAUUCGAGGGCAUGUUGAAGCAUCCAGCCAUCCAGUCCAAGAGAAUCCCGAUCCUCCUCUUUGCCAAUAAGAUGGAUCUUGAAGCCGGCAUGACAGUCGCCGAGAUCUCGACAGCAUUGGGUCUUGAGAGCAUACGAGAGCACAACUGGCACAUAUGCGCCCUUUACUGCCAGGGUGUCCAUCAAGGUCUGGAAUGGCUAGCAGACGAGCUCACUCGGUAG